AUGGAUCAGCAAGAUUACGAAACCCUAGGAUCAUCGGAGAGUAAUCAACUCAUCCUUGCCUCUAUUAGCAGUAAGCUCAACGCUAAGGCGCCUGAAUUCGUCCCACGGUCGGCCUCUGUACCGUCGCCUUCACAGUCGCAGUCUCCGCCGCCUUCGCCGGCGGUGGCGCAGCGGGUUUAUACGAGGCCUCCGUUCGUGUCGCCCCUGAGGCCUUACUAUGGCUUUGAAGGUCAAGUGGCGGUACAGAACUUUUAUCAACAUGGGGGAAUGCCGUUUUAUGGGUACUUAAAUCCGUCUCAGGAAUUGUUGAAUGGGAUCCAAACCCCGGCCGUAUCUGCAGAAAUGGCCGAUGGUAAUACCGCUGCCUCUGCGACCGUUUCGACCAAAAACGGAAUGCCAGAUUCCCAUCAGAAAAUUCUCAGCCAGGUGGAGUUUUAUUUCAGUGAUAUCAAUCUGGCUACCACCGAUCAUUUACCUGGGUUCAUGAUUAAAGAUCCUGAUGGCUAUGUGCCUGUCUCUGUUGUUGCAUCAUUUAAGAAGAUAAAAAACGUCAUCACCGGUGCUUCCCAACUUGCUAGUAUUCUGCGGAGCUCAAAAAAGUUGGUGGUUAGUGAAGAUGGCAAAAAGGUCAGACGUCAACAUCCUUUGACUGAAUCCGACAUGGAAGAGCUACAAUCGCGUAUAGUUAUUGCUGAAAAUUUACCCGAGGACCAUUGCCACCAGAAUCUCAUGAAGAUUUUCUCCUCCGUGGGAAGUGUGAAGUCAAUUCGUACUUGUCUGCCUCAGAAUUCUAAUGGUGGAGCAUCAUCAACAUCUAGAACUGCAAAAGGGAAUGCAGUGCAUUUCAGUAACAAGCUGCAUGCAUUUGUGGAGUAUGAAUCUGUCGAGUUAGCAGAGAAAGCAAUUGUGGAACUAAAUGAUGAGGGCAAUUGGAGGAAUGGUCUAAAAGUCCGUUUGCUGAUAAAGAAUGCAUUGAAGUCUACUCAAGUGCGAGGUAAGAAAGUUCAUGAUGGUCAGUCCAAUGGUAAGAUAGAUGAGGCAGUUGUGCCAGAAGGGCAGCGGCUCAAGGAGAAACAUUUAGAAGAUCCAUUGCAGCAGUCAGAUGCUCAACCAUAUGAGUUUCAAUGGGAGGAUAACAUGAACAAUAGCUCACAUAGGAAAGCACACAAUUUUGCCAGCAGCAAUGGCAGUGGGAAGGGCAAGGGACAUGGCCGGGGGCGAUCUCAGCAUCACAUCAACGGAGGAAGUCAUUUGGGAUCUUCACCAUUGGAUGCUUCUGUCAAUACCGAGAAGCUGACUAUAGCCAAAGCAUCUCCUGUCCCUCGCAUGCCAGAUGGCACUAAGGGAUUCUCCAUGGGUCGAGGAAAGCCAGUAGCUAUCUCAAUAGCUUGA